GGGGCCUUCCACUACCAAUUCCCACCACCACCACAACCGUGCCGGCCCUCACCAAAUCCAUUCCCCAUUCCACCGAUAGGCAAGGGAGCAAAAAUGGGGUCAUCUUCAAAGAAAUCUUCCCCAAUGGAUCUCCUCUCCGAGUAAGCUCCCCCCCUCCCACACUUCAAAGCAAGGACGGGAGAGAAUAAUAAUUCAAAUUCUUAGCGUGGAACAAACGUACCCGAUCCACGAACGAGUCCAAUCCGCACAAACUGAACUCGAAAAAUUUACUGUGGAAGGCCGAACCUACCAGCGGCAAUUCGCAACGAUGUAUUUUUUACGAUUGGUAGAUUUAAAGCCAUCGGUGGAGGCCGUCGCAUUGGAAACUUGGGAGGGUACUGAAGUAAGACCACCCAGUCUUUUUUCUUCCCUUAUACCUUAUACCUAUAGCUAUGCCUAACAACAGAACAAUGGAUAGAUUGGCGGUGACAUCGUCCAGAGGGCCGACCGUGUCCUUGAAGUCCGACAGGGCGAACUCUGCUGGAUCAUCGGCACAAUCUAUAUGGACAUGCCGCUAAAACCCAACAUUCUCGAGGACAUUACGAAGGACCAGUGGAUCGCGGCGCCGCCCCCUCGGGAUAAGUACGUGACGCCCGGGGCGGAUCAGAUCAUGCUUGAGGACGAGUCUGGGCGGUUGAGACUUGUGGGGAAGGCGCUUGAGAAGGAGUGCCUGGUUACCGGGGUAGUGGUAGGGGUUAUGGGAACCGAGACCAAGGAUGGGGAUUUUGACGUUGUGGAUGUGAUCGUGCCCGAGUUACCGCCGCAGGAAAACAAGUUGGAUAUUGGUGAAGGGGAGAAGCAGAGGGGUGGUAAGAGGAAGGUUGCAUUGGUCAGUGGAUUGAGUUUUAAAGGGAAUGCUAUGGAAAAUUUCGAGACGGAAUUGUUGGCAGAGUACUUGCUUGGUGAAGUGGGUGGGGUGGAUGUUAGUCCUAUAAUAUCUACUCUACAGGAGGAGAGAAUGCUAAGUUUUAUGAUAGGACCAAGAAUCCGCAUCAAAAAUCACCCGACUCAUUAUCGCCGGCAACUCCUUAGCCCCAGCAGUCACUCUCCCACCCGUCAAAGGUGAAGAAAAGGUUUUCCCUUCCCCUCCCCCUCUACUUCACCGGACUAACCCGACCAUAGCACAAAAAAUACGGCUACGACUCAACGGCCUACAACGCAAACCCCGCUCUCGCCCUCGAUAGCCUCCUAGCUACCCUCCUUCCCUCCCUCCCCGUAACAAUUCUGCCCGGCCCCACCGACCCGGCAAACGUCUCACUCCCGCAGCAGCCCCUCCACCCUGCCAUAUUCCGCAAUGCAAAACAUUACACUGCCUCCUCCUUGCACACAACUACAAACCCCUGUUGCAUCGAUAUCGACGGGCUCAAGUUCCUGGGAACCGCAGGGCAGAACCUGGACGACGUGUACAAGUAUGUUGAAGGAGAGGACCGACUGGGGAUGUGUGAGCGCUUGCUAAGGUGGAGGUGCGUGGCGCCGACGGCGCCAGAUACUCUUUGUUUGUUCCCCAUGUUCUACAAUUUCGCCACACCCGGAGAUUAAUGAUUAGCAGGGUCCUUCCCAUUUGAAGGCAAAGACAUGUACGUCAUAAAAGAGUGUCCACACGUAUUUUUCAUAGGUAAUCAAGAGAGGUUUGAAAGUCGGUUGGUUGAAGGUGACCUUUCUCCUCCCAUACAUUUCUUUACCUUGGUGGAGUUUACUAAUUAGGAGAGCAGGUCCUCAAAAGCAACUCUGCAGAAUAAUCCUGAUACCAAAGUUCUCGGAAACCAAAGAGGCGGUACUACUGGACCUUGACACACUCGAGUGCGAGAGCGUAAAGUUUGGCGUC